UGUUGUUUAUUAUCAUAAAAAGUGUCGACGACCUUUUGGCUGCGUUGUGCUGAUCACAUUGCAGAAAGUUAAUGUAAUGGUGCAACGGCUCGCGCGGGCCUACUAACACCGGUUUCAGUACCAAACCGGCAGUUCCACUACGUAUACUGACCUGUUUGGACGUCCAAGCUGCACGGAGCUAAACACGUUAUUAUCCUUUUAUUUUAAAAUGAACUAUAAUCGCGCGUGAGUCUGCCUAAUUCAAUACCGAGAAAUCGAAGGCUGCAAUUGUGAAAAUGAACGAAUCAUCUUCAGUGACGAACGACACAUGGCAUUGGUACAAAGAAGUAGUGAUGUCAUGGCUGGAACACCCUGGAAUGGAAGAGUACGAGGGUCUGAACUUGACAGCCUUGAAGAUGGACCAGGCCUACAUGGUGGGGACGUCCGAUAAGGAUGUCGGGGUCUAUAGUGUCUCGGAUGACUGUUUUAGAUGUCCAUUUGAACUCCAAAAGAAGUUGUCGGCUGGGACUGAAGAGUCCUGGGUGGUGAGCACAACACGUAGAUCCACGUGGAGAGUGUACACAGAUCUCACUGACUCGUAUGUAACUGCUGGGAAUACCACGGGACUUCUGUGCCAGCUGCGUCCAGAGGUCGGAGAAUUCGGAGUGUACAGACUGAACGCCACCAGCGACGGAUGCGACAUCCGAACCGACAGAGAACCGGUCGACAUUUACUUGCCUCUGCUUCUCCUCCUGGGCACAUUGUUGACAGUAUGGGUGCUCUAUGGCAUAAUGAAAUUGAUCAUGUCAAAAGUCAGAAGAACCGGUAAACUUAGAUACGGAGAUAAGGAGCUGGCGAUACAACAAAGAUUAAGAGCGCUGGAUACUUUCAGAGGAAUGGCGAUAGUGUUCAUGAUCUUCGUGAAUGACGGCGCGGGCGGAUACUGGUGGAUGGAACACGCCACGUGGAACGGUAUGGUAGCUGGAGACCUCGUCUUUCCAGCUUUCCUCUGGAUCAUGGGUGUAUGCAUUCCUCUCUCCGUUAAGAGCGCAUUUGCCAAAGGUAUACCCCGUUGGAAGAUCGUCAUGCACAUUGUCAGACGUUCGAUAAUGAUGUUCUUUUUGGGAAUGUCUUUGAAUACGAUAUACGGUUCGAACGUUUUGCAAGAGCUGCGUAUAUUCGGCGUCCUUCAGAGGCUUGCAGUUGCUUACCUCGUGGCGGCAGGCUUCUAUGCGUUGACCGCACCAAAGUUUUACACUCCUCCUAGGGGUGCAUGCGGUCAGGCGUUAAAAGACGUGUUGUCUUGCUUGUGGUGCUGGGUUCUGGCGAUCGUCUUGGUGACUGUUCACAGCGUCAUAACAUUUAUCAUUCACCAUCCCGACUGUCCACCAGGUUACUUGGGACCUGGUGGGAAGCACGAUGAGUGGGUCGCUCCGGAGUGCAGUGGAGGUGCUGCUGGAUUCAUUGACCGACUCAUCUUAGGGGAAUCACAUUUGUACCAAAGGAGCGAUGCGAGGAAUGUCUAUGGAGGUCCACCUACCGACCCUGAAGGACUAUUGGGGUGCGUCACGUCAGCUGUGCAAGCUCUGAUCGGUAUCCAAGCCGGCGCCACAGUGCUGCUACAGCGGUCGCACAAAGCGCGCGUUUCAAGAUGGCUCGCCUGGGCGCUUGUGUUCGCACUAGCCGGGGCACUACUCGCCGGCUUCUCCAGGGAGCACGGGGUUAUACCUAUCAAUAAGAAUCUUUGGUCAACUUCUUUCGUGUUGGUGACGUCGGCAUGCUGCCUUCUACUGCUGAGUUUCUGCUAUACACUCACCGAUGCUUGGAGGAUUUGGAACGGAGGGCCAUUUCGUUCUCCUGGACUCAACGCUAUAGCUCUCUACGUAGGACACUCACUAUGUGCACAUUUGUUCCCCUUUCACUGGAAAAUCCCUAAUAUGGAAACGCAUACAAUCAAGCUACUUGAGGCCGUCUGGGGCACAGCCUUGUGGGUCAUCAUUGCUCAUGUCAUGGCCAAGAAAAAGGUGUUCAUAACACUAUAGUUUCGGAUGUUCUUAUAUUUUCGAAGUUUGAGAGUGAGUUUGAUACAUUAUAAUUUCUUGACUAAACGAUUUUCAUUAUUACAGAUGACUAAUGUUGAAAAUUGAAAAUUGAAUAAAAUGAUUAUACAUAUUUACUAUAGUUAGUUAUACUGUUUAAAUGCUUUAAUCAUUUUUUUUUUUUUGGUACGCAUUGUUUUAUGUUAUCUUCAUAACCUAUUAAUUAAUAUUGACUUGAGUUUUUUUACUUUAAGAGAAGAAAACAUGUUAUUUCAACAUUAUUCAUUCAUAUAACAACAAAAUUCCCAAAUUUUUAUGCGAUUUUCUUUGGUUUUUGUGAAAGAUAGACAUAAUAAAAAUUACUUUUACCUUAGUUGCAUGUGAUGACGAAAAUUCUUAAAGUAUUCGACACGUCGAGAUAAUAAUGAUAAUGAAAACGCGACCUAAAACCAUAAAAUUGCUUUUAAUUAUAUUAAUACGAAUUGUUUUGGUUAUUUCUUACGUAGGUAGGUACAUAUAUUUUGUAAUUUCUUUAGUUAAACUAACGUAUCUAGAUAACGCAAGACUUUUUUGUUAUUUAGCUAAGUCUAAAUCUUAAUGCGUCCAUGAAGGUUCUGACUUGUCUAAAAUAUACUCAUCUUAACAUAAGGAUAUAGGUUAUAAGACUGAGUCUAGGUGCUCCAAAUACAAGUUUAGGGUAAAUGUUAUCUUUUGUUUUAAAAUCUAGUCUGUUAUCCUUUGAAACUUAAACAUUUAAUGAAAAUUUUAAAAGAAACUACUCAGCGAACCAGAACACGUUUAAAAUGUAAUUCCUUAAUCAUGUUAAUGUAAAUAAAUUGUAUUUUAAAUAGAAUUAAAGAAUGUGUUUGUGUGUAUUCACUUUAAGUAGUUACUUACACUAUUAAAAUGUAAUCAAAAA